AUGGAGACAUACUAUGGGUUCGUCAGUACGUCAGAGGAUGCAUUGGCGCUAUUCGAGGCGUGUCGACUGGGAUACAAGCAGCGGGUACCACGGCGACUCAGCGAUGACGAACGCGCAGCAAUCCGAUCCGGGUCGGUGUUUGUUUGGGAAGAGACCGAGAGCGGGAUGAAGCGGUGGACGGACGGGCGCAGCUGGUCACCGUCGCGCGUCCAGGGGUGUUUCCUAACAUACCAUGAGUGGGAGGGUCGGCGACGCGCCCAGCGGCACCCGGGAUGGUCGGGCAGCCUAUGCCAAUGGGAAAACGGCAUGCUGAAAAAGGCGUUGUCUAUCCGGACGACGGAUGGGAAGAAACUGCAUAUUAUUGCGUAUUACUCCAAGGAGGACCAUGCGCAUCGAAGACUGAUGACGCCGACGUCGGAUCCGAAUUUCCCCAGGCUUGUUGUGCCCCCGAAUCUCUACCCGGACAUGUCGCCC